GGGACGGUCGUUCGGAGAACCCGUCUGCCGUUAUCCACACAUGUGAUAAACUUUUUAACAUAAAUAGUGCCGAUUCAACUGUAAUCCGUCGACGUAGUAUCAUGUUUAUAAACUAAUUUUUAUACGGAACACUGUAAUGUCAAUUUAAAAUGGAUGCUAGUGUUUGUAAUAUGAGAAACUAAGCUAACGCAGGCCCCCAGCGAGCUCCAAUUACUCUACAUAAUGUUCUCCUUUUGCUGGCGCUACAAAGAUGAACACGAACAUACGGGCACACAGGUCAAGGGUGGAUACAUGCUGCGGUACAAACGGAAAUGCUUAUGGAGUUCCUGGUCUGAGGAGUGGGUGGUGCUUUACGACGACUCAACGAUGGCGUGGUUUAAGGACGCAUCCGGUAAGUGUAUGGCGACGCAGAAGCACCUGGUGAAGGAGUGUCCGGAGAUGCUGGCGAUCUCGACGUGGACGGUGCAGGUGCCGUGGCGGCCGCGACUGCCGCGCGGGGCGCGCGUCUCGCAGCUCAUGGCGCUGGGCUCCCGCCAGAAACCCUCUGACGUCAUCUGGAUGCUGGCGAAGUCCGAUGAGGAAAUGAGGGAGUGGAUGUCGGCUAUAUCUAAAACGCUUCCGCCGCCCCCCCACAUCGAGCUGGUGAUCAAGAGGCCGUACCUCAGAACUGCCUUCCAGCGACCGCUUGUUAAAGUACGACCGCCAUCGUCGCCCAAGUCGUACGGUCGGAGCCGCAACACGGUGGCGGCGCUGGAGGGGCGCGGGCUGGUGGCCGUCAUCAAGCGGCAGGUGCCCCUCGCGGGGAAACUCGUGCACGAGCUGGCCUGGGGACAGGGCUGGGGCUGGGUCACUCUACCCAAUGGCGUGUGGAGCGGACGCCUCGUCUGGUCGCACGAGGGCGGCGACUUCACGCUGCACGCGAUGCCCAUCAUCCACCACACCAACGUGUACCAGGCGUGCUACAUGCUGGACGGUGUCACGCCGUACGAGCUGUCCGCGUACGAGCUCGGCCCCACGGAGUACGACGACAGUGCGACUACCACAGACGACUGGGACGUCGGCGUCGACUGCGGGGACUUCAUGAUGUAAAGACGGUUAGGGCCUGUGGUUAGUCCGGUUUUAGUAACCUAUCUGAUGACUAAUGACUUGUUUAGAUUGUCUGGUGUAAAACUGUCCGAGAAAAGGGCAGGGCAUACAAACGAAAAGAACAGAACAAAGGUUUGUGUACGAAUAAAAUGUUAAUUUCUCAGAUAGGUUAUUAAAACUGUUUGUAAUGACUAAUGAGUGAUAAUAUUAUUUUCAUUUCGGAACAAAUUGUUUAUUAAACACGUUCGGAGUUAUUCAAUAUCUACGUGGUGAAGGUGUUUGAAUUAUAAUAAUUAGAAAGAAGAUAAUAUAAUAUUUCUAAUAAAGUGGUGCCAGAGGUCAGAACGAAGAGUCCUACAGGCAUAGAAAAAAUCAUUUCGCCACUGAUAAAGAAGAGAGAUAAUUUAUGUGAAUUGUUACAAUUUGUUUGUCCGUGUAAAUGUAAAAGUUGCUCAAAGGUUUGCUCUUGUGCUGGUCACGAUGAACGCAAGUGAGGUUAAUGUGCCAAAUUGAAUAUGAUAUGAGCGUCUUAUGAAUUUUAUAUUUAAAUAUGUAAGAACGAGGACUCUGGUUCUUAAAGUUUUCGGUUUAUUCGAUAGGUGCAUGCUCUAUAGUCGUAACUGUGUAAACUGUGUUCUAGAAAAUUGUGAGUAGACAAAAAUAGAAUCUCGUAUACUAUACGGCCUAUAACGUUCAAUAAAUUAGACCUAGAACUCCUAAGCACAUAGCCAACCAUCCGAACUCAUUCCUGAAUCCUUGCGUUCUGAUAUUGUUCGAUAUAAACGUAGCGACGCGUAUAUAUAUUGAAAUUUUAAAUAUAUAUAAAGUGUAUUAAAUUUA